CUGCCGCGGAACUGCUUCCGGGUCAAUGCGGGACGCGGCCGGCGGGCCUGGAAGUCCAAGAAGGGAGCAUGGACCAGCCCAGCGGAAGGAGUUUCAUGCAAGUUCUUUGUGAGAAAUACAGCCCCGAGAACUUCCCGUAUCGUCGUGGACCUGGUAUGGGUGUGCAUGUCCCAGCAACUCCACAGGGUUCACCUAUGAAAGAUCGCCUCAACCUUCCAAGUGUGCUCGUACUGAACAGCUGUGGCAUAACCUGUGCAGGGGAUGAGAAUGAAAUUGCCGCCUUCUGUGCUCACGUGUCUGAGCUAGAUCUUUCUGACAAUAAACUGGAAGACUGGCACGAGGUCAGUAAAAUUGUGUCCAACGUUCCCCACUUGGAGUUUCUAAACUUGAGUUCCAACCCUCUCAGUUUGUCCGUUUUAGAGAGAAGGUGUGCUGGGUCUUUCGCUGGUGUUCGCAAACUUGUGCUCAACAACAGCAAAGCUUCCUGGGAAACAGUCCACACAAUCCUGCAGGAAUUACCAGACUUGGAGGAGCUCUUCCUGUGCCUUAACGACUACGAAACAGUGUCUUGUUCUCCGGUUUGCUGUCAGUCUCUCAAAUUACUCCACAUAACUGACAAUAAUCUUCAAGACUGGACUGAAAUUCGAAAAUUGGGAAUUAUGUUUCCAUCGCUGGACACACUUAUUCUGGCUAACAACAACCUCACGACCAUUGAAGAGUCGGAAGAUUCCCUGGCAAGGUUGUUCCCCAACCUGCGAUCCAUCAAUUUGCACAAGUCAGGUCUGCAUUGCUGGGAAGACAUUGACAAGUUAAAUUCUUUUCCCAAGCUCGAGGAAGUGAAAUUGCUAGGAAUCCCUUUGCUGCAGUCCUACACCACUGAGGAACGCAGGAAGCUGCUAAUAGCCAGGUUGCCAUCUAUCGUCAAGCUCAACGGAAGCAUUGUUGCUGAUGGGGAGCGAGAGGACUCAGAGCGAUUCUUCAUCCGAUACUACAUGGAGUUCCCAGAGGAGGAAGUCCCAUUCAGGUAUCAUGAGCUGGUCACGAAGUACGGGAAGCUGGAGCCCUUGGCAGUCGUGGACCUUCGGCCACAGAGCAGCGUGAAGGUGGAGGUUCACUUCCAGGAUAAGGUGGAAGAGAUGUCAAUCCGUCUCGAUCAGACUGUGGCAGAACUGAAGAAGCACUUGAAAACUGUAGUGCAGUUGUCAACAAGCAACAUGCUGCUCUUCUACUUGGACCAGGAAGCUCCCUUUGGUCCCGAGGAGAUGAAAUACAGCUCGCGAGCACUUCAUUCUUACGGCAUUCGGGAUGGAGAUAAAAUUUAUGUGGAGCCCAGAAUGAAAUAGCCUCUUUUGACCUCGUGAGUGCACGGCCGUGCACACACAUGCCCCCACACACCCCCACACAUGCAUUAAGGAGUUUUUGCAAGGUUUUUCUUUCGGUCGGUUGGUUGAGGUUUGGUUGCGUUUCUGUAGCAGGUGAUUUCAUAGCCCGGAGGGAGUGCCCUGAUCUGAGAACCGUGCCGGCCACCCACUGCAGGUGACCUUGAGGUGACAAUUGACUUCAGUGCGUGUGUUUCAGUGUGUGCGAUACUUUGAUGUUUUCUUCAAUGCUCCGGUAUACUCGUGAUUUGGCAUGAAUGGUCAGUUGUUCAAGCUAAAGAAUGCUAGGGCCUAUAAGGGAGAAGAUAGCUCGGUGCAGAAUUUGACCUAUUUUUUUUUCUUUUUCUAAAUUUUUGGGGAUUUGGUUCCACCAGAGCGCCCCUUUGGCCUAGCUAUCGGACUGCGGCUCGAGCUUGCUGAAGUAUUUUUUUGCAGCUAGGUGCUGUCUCCACCUUUUGUUGUGCUCGAGUUUACUGGAAAGAUCUAAAACAGUAUUCUGCUUGAUUCUGAGCUCAGGUAUUUAGUGCAUCCACUUAACUCCACUGGUUUGGUUUGUGUGAGUGCACAAAACGGGGGAAAGAAAGAGACCCUUUUAGAAAGAAACUAUCUUCAAAACGCACGCUCUAUAUCCAUGCUGUCCGAUUCUGAUUUUGAGGGGAAAAAAAGUUUUGAUUUCUGUACCCAUCUCACAGAGUGUCUGCAACCUGUAGCACCAGCAGUCUGGAGGCAAAGGGACCCUUGUGUGCGUUGCAAAGUGAAUUUUGGAAGGCGGCGGAUGGGUGUUGCGUUGGAAGGGCUUCUAGAGGAACCGGUCAAAAAGGGGUUGAAGAGAGGAUUCCCCCAUUGGCUGUGAUUGAUCCCCACAGUGCUGAAGAGAUCCUCCAGUAUGCACUUCACCUUGUACCAGUUUGUACUGAAAGUGGAAUGGCUAAAAUCGCUCUCCUGGGAGAGAGUAAGAGUAAAGUUGAAGUUUGUGUUUCUUGUUGUUGCACCAGAAAUGAAACCUAGCACUUUCCCCUGGGGCCCCUGGCUGUGGGGUCCCUGCUUAGGGUCCGAACUGGGAGAACGUGUUGGCUCGGAUCAGUUUCUAGAAGAUGAGUAACAAAGCAACUAGACUCACGUUUAUUGUAAAGCAGGUUUUCACUAUCUAUAUUGGCUUCCCCCCACACGCACCUCGUAGGCAUCGUGUGCUGCUGCUUAAAUUAGCCCCCAUUUUCUACUGCAGAGCAGGUUUUCUUUCUUGUGCGAUGAAACCCUCCUUCCUUUAUAUCUCUUGUUUGGCUUUCCUGUGUCUUCCCUUCUUCCUCUGCCGCCCUGACAAGUUGAAGACUUUUCAAAUUACCUAGUUACAAGCAGCUGCAUAGAAGUUUUUGAAGCUGUGCAGCGAGGGCUCUAGUUACACAUGAACUUCUGACCUUAAUUUUGCAAUGCUCCCUUAUCCCCACGUGCACUUUCUUUCCCAUGAUGCUUUUGUCCACAUCACUGAGCUCCUUUUAUAUUCUUGGAGUUGUGUAUUUCUCUUCAUAUUUUACCUAGAUCCUGGGGUGGGGGAGGAUGGGGAGGGGACGAAGUAUUCUCUAUGCUUCUCAUAGUCUUCAGGUUCAGGAUGUGGGGACCAUUGGGAGGGGAGUAGUUCCACAUCCAGAGUAAUGAUUCAAAAUGGGAGGAUUUAAGACAAGUUAAUAAUUCGUGCCUCAUCCCCCUGCCAAAAAUGUCGAUCUCCUGGCUCCGUUGAGAUGAGCAGUAGGAAAUGGAGCAAGACUCGCCAUAGGUAGCAUAGAGGCCGCGGCACGUAGCUAUGGAGACGUGGUACCCAUAAAACAAAAGAGCGGGGAGAUGGUGGCAGUGUAACAUAAGAUGAUGCUUUUAUAAGCUAGAGCUUUACUGAAGAUGUAUUUUCUUUUUGGGCAGAGAAAGGCAUUUGCUGCCUUAUAGCAGAACUCUUAAGCCAACACUUGUGUAUGAUAUAUACAUACAUACGCAUAGGAAAAGUUGUGUUUAAUAAGAUAUUUUGUUAUAAAAAAAAGUUUUAUGAAAAUAUGGUUGUUUAAUAUUAGAAGCCUAUUUCUCCUGUUGACCUCCAGUUUAAGUAGGUUAUCCCUCGGUUGCUGCAGUGUCAGAGGUAAGCGACUGAUGGGGAUGCAAAAGUAUCUCUGACCGAAUUCUAUAGAGCAGUAAUUGCCUACAUGGGUAUAUUUAUGGUAUUGUAACUGGUAUUAAUGAGAUGCUGUAAUUAUUGACCAACUUCCUCAGCACAAUUUAAUGUCUCAGUUUCAGAGAAGGAAAUAAACAAAGACCAUUAAAGAAUUGAGUGGGAUGUUAAAGAAGA